AGGCACUCCUUGGAGACUCAUAAACAUGCCAAGAAUUAUGAAAGCGUCAGUAUCUUCAAGUUGGCCAGUACUGACCAGGAAGUCUUUGACAUGCAAGUCAGUGGAAUCAAGGAACGUUAUCUGGGACGUUAUGGCGUGAAUGUCGGUGAAGUUGACAUCUUGGUCUUCUGCAAAACACUGACUGGUCGAAAGUACACCUGUACGUCCAAGGGUCGUAUCACGCUCGAUAAGCAGUGGGCAGAGCUCAGCGUCCCGUUUGCUCUGCAGUCUAUUGUGAAGGACAUCACUGAGAAGUCCCCAGACUUUGAAGAGUUCAAAACAGUUGAAGAGCUUUUCCCUGUUGGGAAGACGUGCUUCAUGAUUGGCAAUCCGCAUUAUGGCUGUUCCGGAACGGUUGUUGAUGCCAAGCCGGAAAAUAAAGCUGGACGUAUCAUGGUCAAGUUUACAGUACAAUCUGAGCCAAGUUUGGAUGGCAUCAUCCGGAAUGAAAGGAAUCUGUGCCAGGUCCAUUACAUGAACGCUCAUCAGAUGUCGCAGCAGCUCGGGGUCAACGCGCAGUUUGUGUCUCGUAUCACGGGCACCGUGUAUAUUCAGAUGAAUAGCAGGGAGGCCGAAUCGGCUUCCCUCGUCAAUGUUGGCCUGCAUUUGAAGUUCAACAAAACAUCCGAAGAGAUUCCUGGAUACUCGAAGAGAACUAACGACACUUGGCUGUACUCGACAAAGUGCCUUCAAGUACUCAAGGAGUAUCUGGCAAAGUAAGUAGUAGGUCUUUGGAUAAAGUUUCCGUUU